GUUGGGGGGGAGAAAUCUGAACGGCGGCGGACGCCGCCAUAUUGCGGAGCUGUCAGCCGCCGCCGCCGCGCUCGGCGCCUUGUCCCCGGCGGCGCCGCGAGCAGCAGCGGGGCGGUCCCGCAGCGCCUCCUGCCCCGCUGCGGCGGCGGAGGGGUGGGGGGCACGACACGCGACACCGCCCUGCCCCAGGAGGAGCGGAGAGCGCCGCGACUAAGCACCCGACCCCGGGGUCUCGUCCCCUCCCGCCCCGUUCGUGGGGGAGCGGAGCCCCAGGUGACGAGAAGGGGACAAAGAGUUUGUAGAAGACUUAAGUGGACAAGAGACUAAAGAAAACAAGAAAAAUGCCGAAACCAAUCAAUGUCAGAGUAACCACAAUGGAUGCAGAGUUGGAAUUUGCCAUCCAGCCCAAUACAACAGGCAAGCAACUCUUUGAUCAGGUAGUGAAAACUGUUGGUCUUCGUGAAGUCUGGUUUUUUGGGCUACAGUAUGUGGACAGCAAAGGCUACUCAACUUGGCUGAAGCUAAAUAAAAAGGUAACCCAGCAAGACGUAAGGAAAGAAAAUCCUUUGCAGUUUAAGUUCAGGGCCAAGUUUUUUCCAGAGGAUGUAUCUGAAGAAUUAAUUCAGGAAAUAACUCAGAGACUUUUCUUCCUGCAAGUCAAAGAAGCGAUCUUAAAUGAUGAAAUAUAUUGCCCACCAGAAACUGCCGUUCUUCUGGCUUCUUAUGCUGUGCAGUCCAAGUAUGGAGAUUACAGUAAGGAGGUACAUAAACUAGGCUACCUAGCCAAUGACAGACUUCUCCCGCAGCGCGUGUUAGAACAGCACAAACUGACAAAAGAACAGUGGGAAGAAAGAAUACAGAACUGGCAUGAAGAGCACAGGGGAAUGUUAAGGGAAGAUUCUAUGAUGGAAUACCUUAAGAUAGCACAAGACUUGGAAAUGUAUGGAGUCAACUAUUUUGAAAUAAAGAAUAAAAAAGGAACUGAAUUGUGGCUAGGAGUCGAUGCUUUGGGUCUGAAUAUUUAUGAGCAUGAUGAUAAGCUGACACCCAAGAUUGGUUUUCCUUGGAGUGAAAUAAGAAACAUCUCUUUUAAUGACAAAAAAUUUGUCAUAAAGCCAAUUGACAAAAAGGCCCCUGAUUUUGUUUUUUAUGCACCCCGUCUGAGAAUUAACAAGCGAAUUUUGGCACUGUGUAUGGGAAAUCAUGAAUUGUACAUGAGGAGGAGGAAACCUGAUACAAUUGAAGUGCAACAGAUGAAGGCCCAAGCUAGAGAGGAGAAACAUCAGAAACAAUUGGAAAGGGCACAACUGGAAAAUGAGAAGAAGAAAAGGGAGAUAGCAGAAAAGGAAAAGGAAAGAAUAGAGCGUGAAAAGGAAGAAUUAAUGGAACGCUUAAGACAAAUUGAGGAACAAACAAUGAAAGCUCAGAAAGAGCUAGAGGAACAGACUAGAAGAGCUCUAGAACUGGAUCAAGAACGAAAGCGUGCAAAAGAGGAAGCAGAGCGCCUGGAAAAAGAGCGUCGAGCAGCUGAAGAAGCUAAAGCUGCUCUAGCCAAGCAGGCAGCUGAUCAAAUGAAGAACCAGGAGCAGCUAGCAGCAGAACUCGCUGAAUUCACCGCCAAGAUUGCACUUCUAGAGGAGGCCAAGAAAAAGAAAGAAGAGGAAGCCUCAGAAUGGCAGCACAAAGCUUUUGCAGCCCAAGAGGACUUGGAAAAGACCAAAGAAGAACUGAAAUCUGUGAUGUCUGCUCCUCCUCCUCCUCCUCCUCCCCCCCCACCAGUUAUUCCUCCAACAGAGAAUGAACACGAUGAACAUGAUGAGAACAAUGCUGAAGCCAGUGCAGAACUGUCUUCUGAUGGUGUCAUGAAUCACAGGAGUGAGGAAGAACGGGUAACAGAAACGCAGAAAAAUGAACGUGUUAAGAAGCAGCUCCAGGCUUUAAGUUCUGAGUUGGCUCAAGCCAGAGAUGAAACCAAGAAAACACAAAAUGAUGUCCUUCACGCUGAGAAUGUUAAAGCAGGCCGUGAUAAGUACAAGACUCUUCGACAAAUCCGACAAGGCAAUACAAAGCAGCGUAUCGAUGAGUUUGAAGCAAUGUUACAAAAGUACGAUCUCUUGCAGCCCUUAGGAUAGGAACAAGGUAAAGAUCAGCAGAAGACCUGGGGUCUGCCAAGGCCUGCUCUUGCGCUUCUGUAAAUCUGGACAGUUUACAGCCCUUUAAAUUAGGUGCUGCCCGGUCCGUGAAGAGUUUUCUGGAAGGACCGGGAAGUGCCGUUACCACAUUUCGUUAAUGUUUGGUUCUCUCAUGGUCUCUCUAAAUCCUUCCUUUGUUGUCUUUUCCCAGGAGAAAAUUAGCUUUUUGAAGUAUUUAAGCUGUUGUUCUUCCCAGAAAAGCAGGAGAUAAUGCUCAUAUGUUAAUCUUUAACAUGUAACGGGACGUGUUAGAGUGACCGGUGAUGUGACCCUUCGAAGUGCUCGGGGAUCUUGUAGGCUUUGCCCGCAGAGUGAUGCAGUGUGGGCAGCCUGACUCUAUAUCCAGCCUGGGUCAAGCGAAACAAGAGUAGAUACUUUCCAAGUUUUAUUGGUUUUCUACGUGAUUUCUAAUAGCCUUGAUGAUACAUGAAUAGCGCCAGGUAAUUUUCUAAUGUAAAACUCCCGAUUUAAUAUGUCUGUACAUACAUUUCCAGUGUAAGCACCCGUUGCUACUUGCCUUUUUGUACGCUAUUAGGAUGUGCAUACUGUGUAUACGUAACUGCGUUCAAUUGUGCACCCUGCACAAAAGCCUGAAUAAAGGAGGUUUA